AUGGAUCAAAUGCAAGUUCCGGCUAGUUUGCCGCAUUUAGUUCAGAUCUAUCCACCGUCUGUGUCAAUUCACCCGUCUUUGCAGUCUCAGGGUAAAGUUUCCUAUCAACAGACGAUUACAUCUGAAUCCCUCCACAUACCAGUAACAUCGCACAUACACGAUAUAUCGAAUCAACAUCUUAUAUCACAGAAUCAGACUGUGUGUCAUCAGAUACACCUGCAAAAUGUCCAACCGCUGCAAAAUGUUCAACAACUGACCUCCCAGGUUAUACAGGGUGAUAUGAGCCAGUUGCAGAUCACUUCUCACGUAAUUCUGCCGCAGGUGCCCGUUUUUAAGCAGCAUUUAUUAAAUAACAGCCUGUCCCAAUCAUACUAUGGACCAUAUGAGACGUAUGUUAAAGAUGCACAAUGUGUUAUUGCUAAAGUUGAACCGGCGGUUCAGAUGACAAAUGAAAAGGAAGUAGUGUGUAAGACUGAAGAUAUAACUCAUGUGGAAGUAGAAAAACUUCUAACUGUGAAGAAAAGAUCCCGAAGUCAGGUCCCAAACCCAAGCAAGUGGGCUUGCAAUGUACGCAAGCUAAAACACCAAAGGGGAGAAGCUUAUAUCAAUCGUCGGGGCAAGUAUGUCCCUGAAAGAAAAGUUAGAAAUACAAAAGACUGUUUGAAAUCAUGUCGAUAUAAAUGCAAUGAAAGAAUCAACGAUGUAGAUCGCCAGCUUAUAUUCAAAGCUUUCUAUUCGUUAAACGCCAAUGAAAAGAAACAUUUCCUGCUUAACACAACAGAUAGAAAUACAACUAAACAUAACAAAGUAUUGGAUGCUGACCACAAAAGAAAGUAUUCCUUUAAAUAUUUCUUUCUAGUAAGAGGUGUUAGAUACACUGUGUGUAAGAAUUUCUAUUUAGGCACUCUAGCUAUAUCUCAAAAACCUGUUUAUAAUGUGCAUUUAAGUAAAUCUGAUGUGAAUUUGCCAAAGCCUGAUGGUAGAGGGCUUUCUGAGACGAGUACACACAGCUUGCCAACGGAAAUUAAGGAAAGAGUUCGCUCACAUAUAAUGUCUUUUCAUACAGUAGACUCAAAGCCUAUUAAGCAAUUUUCAAGGAAAAAACAAUAUUUGGAAUGCAACUUGAGUAUAAAGCAGAUGUACACUAUGUAUGUAACUGAAUGUGAGAAAGAAAAUACAAUACCUGUUAAGGAAUCCAUGUAUAGAAAGAUAUUUAAACAAGAAUUUAACAUACAUUUCAAGAAAGAUAAAAAUCAACAAAUGUGCUGUCGUUGUAAAGGAUCUAUUAAGAAGAAGUGA